GGGUUAUUGUGACUGCGUGUUUGUGUCUCUUUCAUUUUAGUUCUUAAUUCUGAUUUCCUAUGUGCGUGAAUCUUUCGCGUUACUGGGAACAAUAUUUUCUUGACGUGUUUAGAAGGAAAAAAUUGUUUUUUUAAUGAGUUUUAUCCUUUGAUAGCGAUGUUGUUGCACUAGUGAGCAAUUGGAAUUCAUUGGAUUGUCCUGUGCAAUGCAAAAGAGAAAAAAAAUCACACUGUAUGAUGACAUAUUCUGCAAGAGAAAGCACAUAUACCAAAUACACUAUGUUUUUUUAUGAUAUUGAUGAAUAUACUCAUUCUGGAGUCCCACAAUCAAAUGAUAAUGGCUAUGACAAUGGUGGCCAGAGACAUUAGGAAGGAAAGAAGUUUCUCUUGGCUUUCAGAAGGUCUUGUUGAGUGACUUGAGUCCAGUACAUUUAAGGGAUAAAACGAAAUUGUAGUCAGAAUAUCUCUUCUUCAGAAGACAUUCAACUUUCUUCAGAGCCCCUUGAUAUUAGGAACUGGUUCCCCAGCUAUGUGUAUGAAUCUCCAACAUUAGACAGCAGUGAUGGAUUUACUCUUUCUAAAUAUGAAGAAAGUGAAUUUGAUAUUGGAGAAAGUAACAAUGGUGGCCAAAGGAAAUGGGAGAACUUAGGCUCUACAGAAGUGUUUUUCAUGGAUAUAAAGAAUUGCAACCAGCCUUCUUCUCCAAAGAAGAGUGAGUACAGUAAGGUGACCGGAAAGUCACCCCAAAUGGAGCCUGGGGGUAGCAUCAACCAAGACGAAGUCGGUAAUGGUGUUGCAGAGAAAGGUUUCAUCUCUACAAUAAAGAAGAGUGAGUGCUAUAGUAAGGUGACCGGAAAGUCACCCCAAAUGGAGCCUGGGGGUAGCAUCAACAGAGACAAAGUCGGAAAUGGUGUUGCAGAGAAAGGCUUCAUUUCUACACUAAAGAAGAGUGAGUGCUUUAGUAAAGUGAUCGGAAAGUCACCCCAAAUGGAGGCUGGGGGUAGCAUCAACAGAGACGAAGUCAGAAAUGGUGUGGCAGAGAAAGGCUUCAUCUCUACAAUAAAGGCCAGAAGUAGGAGACAUGAUGUUGAAAACCAGUCUUUCACUCUUAGUGAUCCAACCAAAGAUAAAUCCAUCAAUGGGAAGCCGAAGCAUACUGCAGGAAGGAUUCUUUCAGACGUCACUAAAGCUCAGCAAAAUCAACCACCGCCUGAUGCAUCUCAGGUUACUGGGAAAUGGCAGUGUCCACGGAAGAGUAAGCCACCUUUGGGCCCUCCUUUAAAGCAGCUUCGGCUUGAACAAUGGGUUCGGAGGAUAUGAAAAGUGAUAUUUGUUGUAAGUCUGGAACAAAGAGCGAUUGGUGUAUAUCCAUGAUUGAUGUUAUUUAUAAAUUUAAGCUUCCUAUUUAUUCGUUUCACAUUCGUUCCUUGCAAUAUUUAAUCUUCUUGUGUAACAAAAAGAUGAAAUUAAAACUCAAA